GUCGUCGAAUGCGCUCCUUCGAUCAGCUGCCAUGCAUUCCUCGAAUGGAGGCGAUAGAUUUCCGACCGGAGGCUUGUCUUUCUCUCCAGGAACGUAGUUUCAACGGGAUAUUCUCACUUAGGGGGACAAUUGUCCAAAAAUGACACACUCUCAACGAAACGCUACUCAAACGAAGGCUGUCAAGCAGGCUUCAGGGAGAAAUGCGCCAAAGGUGAAAACAGCUUGUCGCACCUGCAAAGUUCGUAAGGUCAAAUGCGAUGAAGCUCGCCCUGCAUGCAAUCGAUGCAUCAAAUCGGGCCGUUCAUGUGAAGGCUAUGGGAUCUGGGGAGGAGGUACUAGCAGUGUAGCCGCUCAAAUUACGCAGUCUAUUUCUCCGCACUGUACCGACAAUGUACGGCCCAAGGUCCGCAUAUCGCGAAAGGAAUCCAACUCUUAUGUGAAGACAUUCCAGCCCAAUCCUGGACCGUUGAAGUUGCCAGGAACUGAGUCAUCUUCAACUCGUACAGCCCAAGAAGAAUUGAGCCAGAUUGUUCAAGCGAGGCGCGUUCAAGACUUCUCUAACCAGCUUCCAACCACAAAAGGCUACGAAUGCAUUUUUUAUUCCAUCCCUCCAGUUAUCCCGAUGGUUUCAAGAUUGGAAGAAGAAUCUAAUUUGAUGUCCUGGUUCCAGGAAAUCACGUCCAGGAAGCUCACGGGUGCAUUUUUAUCUGAAUUUUGGACGUCUUUCCUGCUUCAGGUUUGCUACAGCGAGCCACCGGUGUGGCACGGAGUUCUGGCACUGACGUCUGCCCACAAAAAGGAGCUACUGCAAUUACCUGGUGUAGCCCCGGUAGAUGAACUAUUCACCUUGAAGGCGUACAGUAAAGCAAUACGUUGUCUCGAACCGCACUUCCACGACCAGACUGUAUCGUCACGAAGGGUCACAUUGAUUACAUGUAUACUAUUCGUGUGUCUGGAAUUAAUCCAGAAACAUUAUGCCGCUGCAGUAUCACAUUUGUCCAGUGGUUUGAAAUUGAUAGAGCAAUUCGAGCACGAUUUGGACGGAGACGGCUUCAGAGCAGUCGUCAACGACUACACAUCCCAACUCAUAUACGAAGCCUUCUUGAAGCUUUCACUGCAGGUCGCUCUGCUCGGAUACAGAAAUUUUGAUCCAGGUUUCAUUCUGAAUCGUCGAAUUGCCUCGGAGACUCGGCCAAAAUUCUUGUCUAUCGAGGAAGCCAAAGAGCUGCUCGAUAAGCUUCUCUUUCGGGCUCUCGAGAUCGGCAAUGUGAGCAGGAAGGAACACCUCUCACAGCAGGCUCAAGCUGCGCUGCUUUGCGAAAAAAAGGCAUUACAGACUGAAAUAAAUUCCUGGUGGGAAGCAUUCAAUGUAUACGUCGUUGACAAAAUCUCGUCACUGCCUCCGAAAAGUAAAGCUGGCGUCAUUAUAUUGCGCAUGUAUUACGCAAUGGCCAUUAUCAUUACGGAGGCAUGUCAGUAUCCGCACCUUGAAACGGUCUAUGAUGCUCUGACGCCUCAGUUUUUCGCGAUCAUGGAAUAUGCGACCAAAAUGUGGACAAUUGUGGCCGGAUGGCACGCGCAAUUGGGGAUCAAUCAAUUUCCUGGAGACGAGAGAGGCUCGAUCAUCGACAUCGGUUGGAUUCCAGCAGUGUACUAUACUGCUAUAAAAUGCCGCGUCCGUAGACUCCGACUGUAUGCAAUACAGCUGCUCGAGGCCACCCUCCACACCGAGGGCAUUUGGGAUGCGACCGUAGCGGCCUCUGUUGCUCGCGAGGUGAUGCGUAUUGAAGACGGCACUGAGCAGGAAUUGUGCGUAAAUGAAGUUUACCAGGUCGUUUGUAUGCCGUCGCAAGAAGAGAUAUCACCGCCGACGUUACCGGAGUCGCAACGAGUGCAUGGUGUCGAAGUCGCAUAUUCAGGUGAGGGAAAUCUCAGCGUUGAGGUGACAUGCCGCAGAAGGUGGGAAAAUGGGAAUUGGGAAGAAAUACACAGAACAUACAAUCCUAAGAUGAGAGUUUGGACAGAUCAGACGCAUUAGAUGAUGGAUGAUGUAUGAUGCAUAGUAAAUCAUGAUAGAUCAUAGAGAUGAACUUUGACGCGUAGAUCCACGCCUGCUAGUUUGGCGUGUUGUUUUU